AUCAGCUGAAAGGAACGCGAACCUCUUGACACACGUGUUUGAUACAAAACAAGUGUAUAGGCGUAUUUGCUUUACCUUUUAUUGUUUGAAUUGUCGGACAAUAAUUAUUAAAAUGCCUAAAGUUAAAGCUGAGAAAAAAUCUCGACAGCAUCAGGAGGUGAAAAGUCAAGGAAUUAUGUUCAAUACUGGUGUUGGUCAGCAUAUAUUGAAAAACCCUUUGGUGGUCAAUGGCAUCAUAGAGAAGGCCGCAUUACGACCAACAGAUGUGGUUCUGGAAGUUGGUCCAGGAACUGGUAACAUGACUGUCAAACUUCUGGAGAAAGCCAAAAAAGUAGUUGCAUGUGAGUUGGACACCAGGCUUGUUGCUGAGCUUCAAAAAAGAGUUCAGUGCACUCCAAUGCAGAACAAGCUUCAGAUCCUCAUAGGUGAUGUCCUCAAGACCGAACUCCCUUUUUUUGAUAUCUGCGUGGCUAACUUGCCUUAUCAGAUAUCAUCCCCUUUUGUGUUCAAGUUGUUACUUCACAGGCCAUUUUUUAGGUGUGCCGUGCUGAUGUUUCAGAGGGAGUUUGCAAUGCGUUUAGUGGCUAAACCUGGAGACAAACUCUACUGCAGACUUUCCAUCAACACACAACUCUUGGCUCGAGUAGAUCACCUCAUGAAGGUGGGAAAGAAUAAUUUCAGACCGCCCCCAAAAGUGGAGUCCAGCGUGGUGAGGAUCGAGCCAAAAAACCCUCCACCACCUAUUAACUUUCAGGAAUGGGACGGUCUUGUCAGGAUUGCAUUUGUUAGAAAGAAUAAAACAUUGAGUGCUGCUUUCAAGUCUGCUGCUGUUGAGCAACUUUUGGAAAAGAACUACAGAAUCCACUGCUCGGUGCACAACAUGGAAGUGCCGCAGGACUUCAGCAUUGCACAGAAAAUUGACAGUGUUCUCCAGGAGUCCAAGUUCACUGACAAGAGGGCACGUUCUAUGGAUAUAGACGAUUUCAUGGUGCUCCUUCACGCUUUCAACUCCGCUGGAAUACACUUCUCCUAAGACUUAAGGAACAGCUACUAAGUUGACAGGAAGUGAUGUCACAGGCUUCUCGUGUUCAGGUUGAUGUUUUCGCACAUGUGAAGGAUUGAAUAACUUGUUCAACGGGACACUUAACACAGGCGUUGAAUGUUUCGUGUGGCUUUCCUGAAUGGGAAAAUAUUUACAGACUUGAAAAGCUCAUUGGUGUUCUUGACGAAUGCCAGGUGGAGUUUUUGUUCAUGGCUGGGAUUGAAGAGAAUAUUGAUUUUCAAAGAGAUAUUACUUAUAAAUGUAUUUACUCACUCUGUGGUUGUGAGUACAGCAGCAACUGUCAGUCUUCUGUCUUAUAAGACUCUGCAUUACAUGCAUGUGGCAUGUAAUUGCAGUCGACUGUGCUACUCAAUACUAGACUGACUAGAUCAGACAGUAAACCCUUAUUUAUGUAUAGUCGUAUACUAUUAAGCAUAACUGCAUUUUGCUAUGUAAACAUAACUAAUAAUAAGAGAAUGCGGCUGACCUAUUCUAUUAAAAUGUAGUAAGAAGUCGUUCAUGCAUGAUUAGAGUAUUCAUAGCAUUCAGAAUGAAGAAAAUGAGCGAGUGAAACUGUAUAUGAUAUUAUGGUCUCUUGGAUUUAAAAGUGGAUUUAGCGCUGUUUGCUCAUGAACUGUGAAAAAAAUGUUGUUCCACAAUGGAAAAUGGUUAAACCCCAGUUUCUCAAAACUGUAUUGGUUAAUUCAUCCUCUAAUUAAAUGUAUUUUAUCAAUAUUUGUAUUUCCAUAAAACUCUUGAUUAGAACGCUUUUUCUUCACUUUUUCAUUUUGAGCCUUUUAAACCCCUGCUCACUUUUUAGCUGUGUGUUUGAAUUCAGAUCAUGGGAAGCCUAAAUUAUAAUUGUGGUACUUGGGCAUAAAUACAAUUAUAUUAUCAUUAACAGAUAAAUAUUUGAAACGACAAUAAUUAAAAGAAUUUCCACUGUCUGUAGUGUUCCGUGAUAAAAUACUGAGUGCUUUAGAGAAUGCAGAUUGAUAGAACAGCCUUGCAUAAUCCAGAUGUCAGAAGAGAGACUCUUCUAACAAUAGCAUUGAUGGUAGGUCACAUGAACAAAAAAUGAAAUGAGUAGAUUAUUCUUUGGAUUGUAAUUAAAACAGUUACAUGGUCGGUGAUGUUGCAAACUUGUUACAAUGCUUGUUGUCAUGACAGUAUUUACCACUAGAUGGCACUCGAGUAUUGUUACAGAUACUGUAUACUGUACAUGAAGUCGGUGUUGUUUCGUUUUUGUUUUCUCGCUUUUUUAUUUUCUACUAUCUUUUACUUUCCUUGCUUUUCUUCUUCAACUAUAGAUCAAUUUAUCUGUGUUUUUAUCUGAAUAGAAACUACUUUUCAAGAAUCACUUUUCAAUGACUUUCAAAUGAUGCAUAAAACAUGAAAUCAUUAAGCACACAUUUGUCAUUUGAGUUUGACAUUUCCAGUGCUAAAUGUCACCUGAACAGGUGUAUCUUCCAUCGCAGGAUGUCCUGCGGCGCAACUAAACAUGUUUGCAUUGCACCUGCUAGUUUGAACAGAACGCCGUCUUAGUUUCUCAACCUUUCCCUUUAUUUUGUGUAAGGUGUGGCUGAAAUGUAUGAGAAAUUUAAGGAGCAUUAUAGCAAAAUACUUAACAAACAUUCCGGCUGUGUCACAAAAUCAGUUUCUCUCUUGCUUCCUAAGGUCAUGGUGAAAAUAAUUACUUGAGCUUUAGGUGUGAAUCCAUCUAAUGCUGCCCAUAUACUGUCCUAGUUUUCUUGUACGCGGGUUUUUGCCAGUCGCUGAGCCUCAGGCCCACUGAUAAGAUCAAGAUUAGAAAUUCAAAUGUGUUUCUGCUUUGAAGUAAAGGGAAAGAGAGCUUUUGAGUCUGGGAUGCAGAGGACGUGACAGCCGAGUCUACACAUUGAUCCUGCGUAACGUGUUUGACUUUGAGAUUUAUACUGUAUCUGUUCUCGUUUGCUCUUAAACCGUUCACUUGGGGCUGAUACUGUUGAUCACUGUAAUGCUUUGAAUUAUUAGAUGUCACGGGAAACGUACGACCUAUCACUCGUUGCAAGAUUUAUGUCAACUGCAAUACUUUUCUCGUAGUGGUUAGUCGUUUACCACUGAUGUCACAUCUAUGAAAACAGUGUAACAGUCAGUGUAGAUUUACCCAUCAUCUUGAAAGAAUUACCCAUCAUCUUUUGAAAGAAAAGACGUUUUUCUCUGUCUAGUCUGAUCUUCAUCACUGGUACACUUAUGACACGCCCACAUGAAGCUAGUGGGUGAUUCUGAUUGGCUGGCUGCAGCAGACCUCGGUAGUCUUAUGGUCUCGUGGUACUACUCGAUGUAGUAUUUAGCUCCUGUCAGGGUCAAUGGUGCAGGACCGGUCUUAAUGACCCCUGAACGUCGAUGACAUGGUAAAAGCUUUGUCUUAAAUCUUUUAACAGGAAACAGACAGGAGACUCCAUCGUAUAUGUCUUACUAACAGGUUCUCGAUGAUGUUGUCAUUCGAGCUAAUUGUUGUACAUUUUUUGUUCAUUUGCACGGCCUUAGAUAUUAGCGAAACUUGUUUACCUAGGUAAGAAUAGUGCACUAAAAUGCACUUAAUUAAGAUAUUUUGAAAAAUGUUUGUAACAGCAAACCGUUGGGCCCCAUUGACUUGCUUUGGUUUUGUGUCCAUACAGUAGAAGUCAAUGAGGACCAACGGUUUUUGGUAACCAACAUUUUGCAGAAUAUUUUUUUGUUUUGCAGAAGAAAGAAAAUUGCACAGGUUUAAAAUGACAACAGGGUUAGAAAAUGAUGACAGAAUUUUCAUUUUCAAGGUGAACUAUUCCUCUAUUUUCACAUUAAAUUUGUCCUUAAUAUACUAAAAAUUUUGUACUUUGUUUAUGUGGUCUCAAAAUAGCACUGUUGAGUACACUUAGAUCUUAAGUUUAUCUAAAAAAAGUCCUAAAGACAAAAAUGUUUGUGCAUUCGGUACAAAAUUAGUAAAUGAACAGAGCACUUAAAAUAUAUUUUAUAAUUUAAUUGGUAGCAAGACUACUUAUUAGAGCUCAAAAAAGCAGGUUACUGUUUUUUUCACUUUUUUGACUAUUUUUAUAUUAAAACUAUUGUAAAUACUGUAAGGAAAUGGCGCAAGCCUGAUUCAUAUUUGUUUUGCCUGCGUGAGCUCUGCAGCUUGAAACAUUGUGCAGUAACCCAUUCCGACUCCCUCUUUAAAUCAAACCCUGAUGUACCGUGUU